ACACCAACGUGCCGGCUUCGUGGGCAGGGCAGGAAUUCAUCAGCUGAUGCCAGCUUUUCAACAAUCAACUGUUGUUCCAGCACCGCAGCAACAGAAUCGACUUUGUCACCGAGGAAAAAGGUUCUUUUUAUUUUGGCAAGAGCUAAAAUGGGGAGCUGGAAGAGUCAAGUGCGUGGUCAACUGCUACUCAGAGAUCAGAGAGAAAAGCAUCCAUAUGAAGGAGUCUUUACAAGCUUGUCUCGUUUGGAAGAACGAUUCGAAAGUCGUCUGCAGAUUUUGAAAGAUGUCCAGUCAAACAGCUCAGAAAGUGGAGUCAAUGUGAGAGUACUUCAACUACAGCUCAGGGAGAGUGAACAUCUGGCUGAAAAAUUGUCUCAGACUGUCUCCGACCUGACCACCGUCCUGCAUUUGAAAGACGCCGAGCUGCAGCACUGGCAGUCACGUGUGUCCCGCCACCGCCAAGAGGCCCUCACUCUGGCCAAAGAGGGCAACGCCCUGAAGGCCAGCGUCGCCCGACAAGAGUUCGCCAUGGAGUGUCAGACCAAGGACCUGGCCGCCCUUCACCUGGAGCGUACGGGGCUUAAAGAAACGCUGCGGCAGGCUCGGCGUGACAAAGAGGAUCUGCUGCGGCGCUGGAUGGAGGAGAAGGAGGAAGAGGCGGCGAGGUUGAAUAAAUACAACGACACACAGGAGAGGUGGCGACGUUUAGCCAGGCGCUUGAGGAAGCACCUGGCGAGAAAAGGCGGCGAUCCCCAGGAAAGCGGCUCGUGAGCACGCCUCGUUUUACCGACGAGACGAGUAAAUCGGCGUUUUUAUCGAGGUAACACGGCCGUUUUAGUCGUGGGGAAAAGGAAGCGUCCACGUCCGCACGGUCCAUGGCGAUGAUUGCCUUGAUGAUGCAGUAAGAGGUGCGGUGACCUCAUCAAAGUUCCUUCUUUCACCUUGUUACACACGUCGCGAUGUCACCGCUCAUUUUAAAGAUAGUUUUUUGGGGGGCGAAUUUUUACUUUUAACAAACGCAUUCCUUCUUCCAGGUAAAUUGUGUUUUAACUUGCUAACAGUGGUUUGAAAAUGUAGCAAAAGCUCGGAACUUUUAAGCAUGUUUUGAAAGAAAUUGUGUUUGCUGUUCAUUUUUUUUGUAUGUUUUUUUGUUUUAUCUGAAAUACUGAGUAUUGUGGAAAUAAAGUUACGUUGUUUUUUUUUGCUAGUUUAA